UCUUCACUUCUUUAGUAAUAUCAUAGAACAGUAGUAAUAUUACACUUUUACAGAAUAUUGAUUAUUAUACAAAAUAAGACUAUUGACUACUGAUAAAUUAUUUAAUAUUUUAUUGGACUAUUAUAUUAUGGAUUUUGAAAAGGUAAAGGAAAAAACUUUUGAAGAUGCACAUAAAGGUAAUGUUGAUCAAGUUAUAAAAGCAGUUGAAGAGCAUUUGAAACUGUUAAAAGAAGUGGAUGUUAACAAUCGAUUGCUCCUUCAUUGGGCAGCGCUUGGGGGACAUGAUAGACUUGUACGAUAUCUUCUCGAAAAUGGUCAACCAGAAGAUUCUCUAGAUGACAUGCAAACUACUCCUCUUAUAUUGGCAGCAUCAGGUGGCCGCAUUGAUGUAGUAAAAACUCUAAUUGAAUAUGGAGUAAAUAUCAACGCAAAAAAUCAAGAAGGACAUUCUGCACUUCAAUAUGCAGCUUCAAAAGGUUGGACAGAAAUAGUCAGAUAUUUAGUAUCMAAAGGCGCUGAAGUUAAUAUUGCUGAUAAUAGAGGAGCAACACCAUUACAUAGAUGUGCAUCAAAAGGAAACUUAUCAGUGCUAAAAAUUUUGUUAGACUGUGAUGUACAUGUUGAUGCUAAAGAUAAUUACGGAAACACACCACUCCAUUUAGCUUGUGAAGAAGGACGUGUACAAGAAGCUGGAUUAUUGAUUAAAAGUGGAGCUGAUAGCACUCUCUUGAAUAAAGAAAAAUUAACACCUUUUGACUUAGCACCAUCUGAUGUUCAAGGCAUUUUGAAAAAAAUAUAAAAAUUGUCCGAUGUGCGAGGAUCAUAAUGUAAUAUUUUGUACAAUUAUUAAUUUUAAAAGUGGACUGAAUAAUGUUAAAACAUUCUUCUCUCGUAAGUGGUAAAAGAGUUCAAGAAAAAUAAUAAUUUAAUUAUAUUUUAAUCCUUCUGUUAAAAAUUAACCAAAAUAUAUGGUUUGUGACCAAAGUCCAAAUGCAUUUUAAGAAUCACCGCCAAUAAUCAAUAUUUUUUAAUGUGAUUUCUUUUAGUGGAAUCUUAAGAAAAAUUUGGUCUUAUAUCUGAAAUUGUUAUGCUUGGAAUAUUUUUUGUUAAUAACUUUUUUGAAGUUGAUUAAAAAAAUAUAACUACUAUACAAUUCAA